AUGUUAUUCGAACAAGAACCCCGCACAGCAGUGAACGUAGAGGAAACGAUACUGGGGAAGAGCCGUGAAUGUGCGGCAGCAGUGUGUCGCAAUGGAGACACACUAAGGAGCAGUGAUACAUUCCUACCAGAUGCUGUUGCAAAAGUGCCCUUCCGAAAAGUCGGAGAACUGGCAAAAGCGAUAAAUUUGUGGGAUUCCGAAGAAAAAUUGGAGAUAAAAGAAAUAGUCUUGCGGAAGAAUCCGUACAACAUACCGGUUGGAGCAGAAAAGAAAGGAUGA